ACCGCGGAGAGCCUGCGGCCAGGCUCCAGCGCCUGGCUCUGGUUCUUGGCUCCCGGUGGGGUGGGCGGCGCCGCGUGGGGACUAGAGACUGCGAGGCCAGGUUCCCCCGCCACCCGGCUGCGCAGACCCGGCGCCAGAGCGCGGGCGGGGUUGGCGCGCCGCGGUAGCCUGGCAUUCAGUGUGCGCCCCGCGGAGCCGCGCGCACACCCGCCGGCCGUCGGGGGCGCGGCUAGCAGAGGGAGCAGACACCUGUCCCGCUGUAGUGGACCGGAGCCCUUGUCGCGCAGCAGCCAGCGGCAGCGGAGGCGACGAGCGAGGGAAGAGCUUGUGGAGACGAAGUCCACGCUCCGGAGUAAGCAGCCUUAGCCCGAGGCCUGGGACCCUACACCCCGAGCUCCAGGACACCAUGGCCCCGAAGAUGAUCCUCCUCCUCUGCUUGUUCUCGGGCUUGCAUGCACGGUCCAGAAAGGUGGAAGAGGAUGAAUAUGAAGAUUCUUCAUCAAACCAAAAGUGGGUCUUGGCUCCAAAAUCCCAAGACACUGAUGUAACUCUUAUUCUUAACAAAUUGCUAAGAGAAUAUGAUAAAAAGCUGAGGCCGGAUAUUGGAAUAAAACCGACUGUAAUUGAUGUUGACAUUUAUGUUAACAGCAUUGGUCCUGUGUCAUCAAUAAACAUGGAAUACCAAAUUGAUAUAUUUUUUGCUCAGACCUGGACAGACAGUCGUCUUCGAUUCAACAGCACAAUGAAAAUCCUCACACUUAACAGCAACAUGGUUGGGUUGAUAUGGAUCCCUGACACAAUCUUCCGAAAUUCUAAAACGGCAGAGGCUCACUGGAUCACAACUCCCAAUCAACUCCUCAGAAUUUGGAAUGAUGGGAAAAUCCUUUACACUUUAAGGCUCACCAUCAAUGCAGAGUGCCAGCUGCAGCUGCACAACUUCCCCAUGGAUGAGCACUCCUGCCCUCUGAUCUUCUCCAGCUAUGGCUACCCAAAAGAAGAAAUGAUUUAUAGAUGGAGAAAAAAUUCAGUUGAGGCAGCUGAUCAGAAAUCAUGGCGGCUUUAUCAGUUUGACUUCAUGGGCCUCAGAAACACCACGGAAAUCGUGACAACUUCUGCAGGGGAUUAUGUUGUCAUGACUAUAUAUUUUGAAUUGAGCAGAAGAAUGGGAUACUUUACUAUUCAGACAUACAUUCCCUGUAUACUGACUGUGGUUUUAUCCUGGGUGUCAUUUUGGAUUAAAAAAGAUGCUACACCAGCAAGAACAGCAUUAGGCAUCACCACAGUGCUCACCAUGACCACGCUCAGCACCAUAGCCAGGAAGUCCCUGCCACGAGUGUCCUAUGUGACAGCCAUGGACCUCUUUGUGACCGUGUGCUUCUUGUUCGUUUUUGCUGCUCUAAUGGAAUAUGCCACCCUCAAUUACUAUUCAAGCUGUAGAAAACCAACUGUCACGAAGAAGAAAACAUCGUUAUUACACCCAGAUUCCUCAAGAUGGAUUCCUGAGCGUAUAAGCCUACAAACACCCUCUAACUAUUCUCUCCUGGAUAUGAGGCCACCUCCACCUGCUAUGAUCACUUUAAACAAUUCGGUGUAUUGGCAGGAAUUUGAAGAUACCUGUGUCUAUGAGUGUCUGGAUGGCAAAGACUGUCAGAGCUUCUUCUGCUGCUAUGAAGAAUGUAAAUCAGGAUCAUGGAGGAAAGGGCGGAUUCACAUAGACAUCUCGGAGCUGGACUCGUAUUCCCGGGUCUUUUUCCCCACGUCGUUCCUGCUCUUUAACCUGGUCUAUUGGGUUGGAUACCUGUAUCUUUAAGUGCUGCCCUUAGUGAUCAGUGAGGAGCACUUGGUUCACAUCCUUCACCUUCCAUCACCCCCAGACUAGUAGUAACCAGUUGGGAAUAGCAAGGAAGGUCACUGCUCACUUUAUCUUUAAGUUAUGAAUUACCUUUCAGCAGCACAGGAAGUAUCUGGCAAAUAUUCCUAAUAUGUACACAUAUACACAUUAAUUUAAUUUUCGAGUGAUAUUCUUACUAAUCCCUUACUGCAUCUGUAGCUUGGUGAUAUUUAUGAAUGGUUUUGGAUAUUGGAAGCAGCUGCCUAUUACCCUUGCAAAGAAAUCUGUAAAACACAGAAGCAAAUGUCUGAGAAGCUCUCUCGGGCUCUCACCUGUUAUGUAUCUUUCCUUCAUAGGUCUUAGCACAACAGCCCAAGUGUACGGAAUCCCUUUUAGCCAAGACACAUUUGUGCUGGCCUCAUCCCCAUGCUCACAAGGCACUCAAAGUUCAAGUGCAAACUACAGUGAUUUUUGAUCCCGGUUUCUUCCCUCUGCAGUCUCUUUUGCUUCAUCACCACCAUCGUUAUUAGCUAGCCUUCCCUUUUCCUAACAAUCUCACCCUAGGCCUGGGAGGACUUCACAAGUCUCCAUUUGAGGGGGAAAAAUCAUGAUUUUCAAAAUUCUCAUGUUGCUGAAUUCAAAGAUAUUGAUUAUCUCUGGAUAUUAGGUUAUUACUUUAUUCUAAACUACUGUACAUCAACAGUACUUGAACUUUGGGUUCUUGGACUAGUACAACCUGAGUUCAGUGACAUUUCCCCUUGAAAUCUGUAUUUUAUUAGACCAAGGCUCAACUGCAGAGUAUGUGUCUAGUUUAUGUUGUUAUUAUGGGUUCAGUAAUUGUCUUCAUCUUGUGAAGAGAUACCGAAUGUACAAGACUUUGUCUUGAAAACAUUCUAAAGUGUGAAAGAAAUGUAGAUAGAAUUUCAAAAAUUUCCUAGCAAAUAUUAAUUUUCAAGUCAAACCAACUUUAGAUGCAAAAAUGGUUAAUGGCAAUCAUCAAUUAUAUAUUUUGGUGAGUUAAUAUUGUUUUAUACUUUGAAAUAUGGAUACAUAGCAAAAUCCCAAAGAAAAAGAAUCCCAAGUCAAUACUCUUUUGAUAUUUUUAUAACACAAAAAAAAUUUGCUUCUUGAUAUUAGUUCUUUGUUAAAACUAGAUGCCAGUAUGACCUUCAUAUGACUCUUUUAAAGUUUCCCUCCAUCAGUAGGAAAAACAAAAAAGACCUACCAGUUAGUUAAUAAUGCUUCAGAAUUCUUAAAAUUUUAAUACCAGAAUCUUUGUGCUUCUCAUCUCUCUCUCUCUCUCUCUCUCUCUCUCUCUCUCUCUCUCUCUCACACACACACACACACACACACACACACACACACAGAAUUACUUUUAUUGGAAACAAUUUAUUUUUCAAUUAUCCAUUGUGCAUAUCAUUAUUACUCAAAAAAGUGAAACAUUAUGUAGAUAAAAUAUAUAAAAUUCUAAUUUCAUACAAUUUACUGAAUGUAUACCAGAGAAAGAGUUGAAAGUAGAAGAGACCAGAAAGACUAAUAUUAGAUAUGACUGUUUAUUCUUAUUAACAUUGGUCCAUAUCAAGUGAAUGCAAAUAUAUUAAUAUAUGAUCACCCAGUUUUCAAGAUACUCAAUCCCAUUGUUCUUACUGCAAAGCUGUUUUUAGGUUUGAUACUUGCUGUUUAAGCAACAAGUCGAUUGACUUCUGUUUAGCAACUUUGAGUUAAAAAAUAAGGUAAUAAAUACUUGUGGGGAAAUAGGUUGAAAACAAUAGUUUAAAUGAAAUCUCUCCUCCAUUGGAGAAUUAGUAUCCUAGUUCUGUCAAGAAUGAAGGUCACUUUUCACCCUUGGCAGACACACUCUGGAAGUGCCCUGAUAAAAGAAAUUCCCUGGCACACUAAAUCUUUGAGUACAGAGAGCAGGCAGCACCAACAUAAUCCCCAAUGUUACAUAAUUUCUAACAACAUGAAAAAUUUAAACCUGUUAUAUUUUAAAAGAAGUUCUGGAGAGAGCUAAAAUUUCUAGUGAAAUUUUUCUUAAGAGGAAAAUAAAUAACCUAAAAGCAAUUUUUAUAACCAGGUUUGGUCCCAUGUUACUAUAAAAACAAUUCUACAGAUGCUUCUUAUCUCAAAAGCACUCAAUAUUUGAAUGUUAUUAGAAACUCUCAUGACAUUUUAGGUGUAGAAUGUGUAGACCCAUAGCCCCAGUUUUCUGAAUCCAGCCAUUCUCUUCCUCUCAAUCUCAGCUAUCCACCUGAUCACAAUGCAGUAGUUCAUAGCUCCAUGAAGGAGAACCUUCCUCUCAAGAGAGUCUAAACAGUGUUCACCUAAUAGAGCAUAAAAUAGAUUCCUGCACAGUUAGCAAUCUACAAAGUCUGACUAAAAAGAACCAAAGCAUCCCCUGAGAGCAUACCAAUGCUCAUUUCUCUGCAUAAUUCACAUACUCCACAUCAGUCUCAACUCCUGAGAUGAGCCUUGUCAGUCCACAAUAUAGGAGAGACACAUGCACCUUGCUCAGGUGCAGAGCUCAGGGGCUUUCAGAGCAUAUACGUGUUUACUUUGGGGAAAAAAGUAGAGGAGGGGUAAGGGGCGGGGAAUGAGGAGAUUAUGGGCAUCCUCUUUAACCACUCUCCCUCACCAGGAUGAUUGGUUAUGGAGGACAUGUGGGGCACACAGACCCAAGACUGUUCCACAGAGCCUGCCCCUUGCCCUACAGUAGAAUUGGUGGAUAUUUUGAGUGGAAGUUAUCUGAGUGGUCUGCAUUCCGAAGGUGCUAAUGUGCUCCUCACUUUAGAAAUACUCAAAAUUUGAGGAGAUGACAGUUCCAUGCUUGGACAAGAAUUGCAAAUUUUUGACCACUGUGGAUCAAACUUAAAACUGUGACUAUCUCUCUCAAGCCACAUUCUGGGUGAGGGGGAUAAAGAAAAACUUACAAAGGCAUUUUACACGUUAAUAAAAUUAGAUCAAAAUGCCUCUUCAGAAAUUAAAAGGUUCCAACACCACAGGCCAGAAGACUCUCCAGAUACUGGACAGAGAAAGACACUGUUAAUAUAAUUUACUGUGGACUCAGCCAAAACUGCCCCCAAUUUACCCAAAAUAUGCCUUAAAAUAAAACAAAGCUCAAAUAUGCAUCUUGUAAGAUUUUCCAUUUCCUGCAGUCAGCUAUAUUUCAUUCCAGGUUUUAUUUCUCUUUUAUGCUUAGAUGAGAAGAGGACUUCAUUUCUUUAUAUGACAAACAGUUUUAUCCUCAACUUUAUAUCAAAUCAGUUCAAUUAAAAAGUUUCUGUGGAUUCUUCAAUUGAGGAAAUGCUUGCCCUGGAUCACAAGCAUUUUCAUAUGCUACAUACGGGAAAUUGGGGCCAAUCUGAAAGUCAGCAACCUAGUCCUUGUGAUGAGGCUGUGAAUGUCCAUAGAGAAUCUUCACACCAACUCAUUUGAACAGGCAACAGCCUGCUGCAGUAAAAAUUAGUUGUGAGGCAAGUUGCUUCACAGCUCUGCAAAAUGUCACGCUCUGGAAACAAUGGAGGAGGGAGACCAGUAACCCCAUUUCCAUUGACUACUGUUUGCCACAACUGGCAAGCAACGGGCCACUCUAUCCAAAGGGCUAGAAUACAACACAGACAAACCUCUACUUCCUCAGUCAUUUUAAUCUUGGCUGCCAAACUGAACACUUUUGUGUUUUCCUUUGAGAAUGAAAAAAUAAUAACUGGUCUCCAACCAUUAUUCUUACAACCUUAUAAAUUCAAUGUUUUCAAGGCACCAAGCAUUUCAAAUCCACUCUGUGAUCUUGCAAAAGUUUAUAAGCUUUUUUCAGAGAGUUUAUAAGCUGUAUACAUAUGAGAUUUCACCUUCAAUUUAUAUUAAAAAUAGUGAAUGACCUGAGACAAACAUAAUCUCAUGUAAAUACAUACAUGUUCAAAUGUUAAACUCCAUCUGUGUUUCUAAACUGUCCAUUUUGGGCUUCAGAACACUACCUUUUAAAAAUAUUAUUCAGAGAUGUGUUUGGAAACAAGGGGGUAAAGAACCAGAUUGUGAAUACAUUGUAAAUGUUCAAUUCAUAAUUUUCUGCUGGUUCUCUUUCAAAUUUCCUAAAUUAGAAAGUGUAUAAUCUGUACAUAUUUCUUUUUCUCAGUUUGGCCUGUAGGAAGCAGUUAGGUUUAAAGAGGUUAGAAGUACCUCCAUCUUUGUUAUCUGUAUAAUCAAACCCAAAGGACUAAAAACUAACUAACAGUUCAAGAUAAAUGAUAAAUUUCAUCUCUGACUUAUCUUUUAAUAUAAAAAAUAGAUUUCUAUGAUUACAGGGACAAAAAAAAUGUAUGUCCUUAGAUGGUAGGGUAACAGCUUAGCCAUUCUUUACUUCUGUAAAAAUAAAAAGUUGUUUUGUUCUGUUUUUAAUGUCUAAAACUUUUGAAGACUACAGAGUACAGCAUUUCUAUUUUCUGUUUCUUUAAAGUUCUUCUGAUUACAAGGCAGCAAUUCCAGGAUAAAAGCUUUGUAUACUUUUGUUAAGGUCAAAAAGGAGACUGUUUCCAUUUAUUUAUUAUUUGUUUUUUUUUUUAAUUUUCAGAAUGUCCUCUAGUUCAAUGAUACCUUGAUUUUCUUAUGUUGUCAAAAAGAUCCCUUAAUCUUCUUACUGCUAUGAUUACAUAAGAUCCCAAUAUUAGACCAGUUGAAAUAAAUCAAUGCUAGUCCAAUGGUCACUAAUAAAUUUUCCAUGUUUGAGUUAAUCAAAUGGGUUUUUCAGAUUACAUUAUACAGGUACAUAAGCUAGAAAAUAAUUAGACAGACAAAUUACAUAUUUACACACACACACCACACACACACACACACACACACUUACCACAUACACACACACACCACCCAGAAUAAGCACUAUUUGAAUAUACUGUUCAGAUAAUUGAGGCAAAUGUAAAUUGCUUUGCUUGAUCUAUUCAGAUAAGCACCUACUUUUACCACUUCAUUUUUCGCAUUUGUAAACACAAUAUAAGAUUUCCCCAGUCCAGUGAGCAGACUACACAAUAUGAGGGUAAUAACAGUUCCUGCAGGGAAGGAAGAUCUUCUAUAACUGCUGAACAGUUUAAAUUGAAUAGGCUGGAAAGAACAUUGAUUCUCAAUAAUGAAAUCUCCCGGAUUGAGCAAGUAGUUGCUGUAUUUUCUCUCUUCUAUAUAUUCAGGAUUCCUUCUUCAUUUUUCCCAGCAAAGUACACUCCUCUGGUUCUGAAUCCAUAGUUUCAACCAACCAAGAAUGGAAAAUAUUUUUUAAAAGUUGCAUCUGUACCAAAUAUAUACAGACUUUCCUUGUCACUUCCUGAAGGAUACAAUAUAACAGCUACUUUCACAGCAUUUACUACAUUGUAGUAGGUAUUAUAAGUCAUCUGUGGAUUAUUUUAAGUAUAUAGAAGGAUGUGUGUGUAGGUUCUAUGCAAACAUUACACCAUUUUACGUAAGAGAUUUCAGCAUCCUUGGAUUUGUUAUCUGUGGGGGUCCUGGAAUCAGUUUCCUGCAGAUCUCAAAGGAAGACCAUAAUGUUUACAUUUGCUAUGACAGCCUUAGACCCCAAUUUCUCCUGGUUGCCCCACCUACUGAAGUCCUAUCCUGGUGAGUGAUGGUUAUGUACAUAACACAUUCAAUUGGAAUUUUUUUGAAAUAUGCUUUUCUUAGAUCAGGAACCUGCAGCAUGUUGAUUUCAGUCCCCAAGGUAUCAGACUUCUCAAAAUGACAAUAUUGCCACUAAUUCUUUUUCACAACAUGAUUAAAGUUCCCAUUUUCCAUGAAACAUUUUUCCAAUACACAGCAGUUGGUAAAGCAGACUGCAAGGUCAGCUGCAGGAAAAUGAGUUUUAGACACUGAGCUGUCCCUUAAUGGACAUUGUGAUAAUCAGGAUGGGUGAUAAUAUGGGAAGGGAUCACUCAUAGGCAUGACAAGGGAAGAGGGUCCACUAGCAUCUUCAUUGUACCUAAGACAGGCUGAGUUUUCAGUUUGGAAAUCUGAUGCCUCAGGCAGGGCAGGGCAGACAAAUGUUCCCAGUCAGGGUGUAACUGCACUGGCUCACAAGAGUCUUCCAGGAUGGCUGGAGUAGACCCCCAUCAAUUUCACAUCUUGAUUAAUUGCUCAUGUAAUUAAUAGGAAGAUGGGGCUAUGGCUGCCCAGAGUAUUUUAUUGGAAAUCAAAGCUUGUUCCCUAAUCUAUAGAGAUUUGUUGGGAAGAACAGUGUUUUAUUUGAGUUUACAAAAGAUGUACUGGGAACAUAUUAAGUCCUAACCCACUGUCAAAUUCUGAUUUUCAGGAACAAAUGAUGAGUGCUUUGAUUUGGUUAGUGUUUGUUACAAGUUUUUGGUUUUUUUUUUUUAACCAAGUGUUAUCCAUGUUUAUAAAAGGAAGGAUUCGGGGGGUCAAUUGUAUCAAUCAAUGAAAAGACUUCUAAACUUCUAAACUUGUAAAGACACUUUCAAUCAUUCUGGAUCUUCACAAUGGCUAAUGUUGUGCUAGUGAACAAUGUUUACAUGUUAUUAUGUUUGUACAGUUACAAUACACAGAACACUUUGAUGGAGUGACAAGAUUGCUCGAUCCUGGGUCCCAACCAACCAUCAGUUUACUCACCACAAUCAUUGGUUUCUGGUACCCUUCCUAGGGUGGCCUAGGAAGUUAGAGAAAGGUUGAAAAAGAAAAAAGAAAAAUUUCAUUCUUAAGUGACUUUCAAUGUAAUUAAAGAUAAGUAAUAUAAUAGAAAGUGCAAAUACCUUGUGGACUGAGAUUUUAAUUUUUUUGCCAGAUAGAUAGGCCAGUAGAUUUUUAGAUGAAAUAAACUAUGCUACAUCACCACCACCACCACCACCACUGUUGCUUUCUAGCCCUUAGUGGUUGAUUCAACACAAAGGUUGAAUAUCUUUUCCAAUGUAGAACCAAAUUUGAACUUAAUUAUUAAGAAAAAAAUGGAAAAGCUUUAUUUUUUAUUUAGACUUAAGUAUUAAAGAAAUCACAGUCAAAAACUUUGCCUAAAACAUUUUCAGACCUGCUCUUUUCUCAGUAAUCCAGACUCAAGCAGAAUCUGACAUCAUUAUAUAUGAGAGCAUUCCACCCAAUUUUUUUGAUACCUUCAUUUUUUAAAUUUCAUUUGGAUAAUUCAUUCCUCCUCUUAAAGAAAACAUUUUAAUUGACUUAGAACUCUCUCUUUUCCCUACAAUGGAUGCAUCUUUGUAAAUGGUAAACUUUGCUACUGAAAGGACAUCACUAAGCUUCUUUUCAUAUCAUUUGGGUCUGAACUUAAUUCUCAGUAAUUUAUCUUGACAUUUUUACUUUGAAUAGAAAUAUACAUGGGAAAAUAUAUACUAGUGAAGUUUGUAGUAUUUACGAUUAUAUUAUCUCUGUUUAGAAUAACUUUUAUUAAAACUUCUAAAAGACACUUUCAAUCAUUCUGGAUCUUCACAAUGGCUAAUUUUGUGCUAGUGAACAAUGUUUACAAGCUAAUAUGUUUGUACAGUUACAUGUUUUUCUUUAUGAGUAGCUCCUGGACAGAGCCAAAAGUUCAUUUUUCAUGAGUGCAGAGUCUCUGGAAGAUUCUAGGAGAGUCACAGUUUUCAGGGAUUGGAUCUGUAUAUUGUUUGGAGCAAGGGGCCAUCUUGUGUUUACAUGCAGUGAUGUGUGUAUUUGUGUCUGUAUGUACAGUGGUAAAACUGGACAACUUA